AUGGGUAUUCUUUGCCAUCUUUCAGAAUGUUUCAUUGAAUGUUCAAGACCUAUAGAAAAACGUAUUCCUAAGAAGACGGUUCAUGUCAGAGUGAAAAUGGAUUGUGAUGGUUGUGUAAAGAAAGUUAAAAAUGCAGUGAAAGACAUGGAAGGGGUGGAGUCAUUUACUGUAAAUCAAAAGCUACAAAGGGUAACCGUGACUGGAAAUGUAGAUGCAAAGGAGGUCCUAGAUGGAGUGAAGAGCACAGGAAAAACAGCUGACAAUUGGCCAUUUGUUCCAUACAAUUUAGUGACUUAUCCUUAUGCUCAAGGGGCAUAUGACAUGAAAGCACCAACUGGUUUUGUCCGGAAUGUUCCUCAAGCUGUGGGUGACCCUAAGUCUCCUGAGAUGAAAGUGAUGGUGCUUUUUAAUGAUGAUAACCCAAAUGCGUGUUCAAUAAUGUAA